AACUUCUCACUGAGAAAAAUAAACACACUUCACAACAUUUUCAUUUUGUCUUUAGACGAUGACGGAGGCUAUGAUUGAAGUCGCCCUCGCGACUUUGAGAUCUCUCAUUCAGAAGGAGAUCGGUUUGUUUCUGGGUGUAGAUCGAGAGAUGAGAAGGCUUUCCAGCGUUCUCUCUACGAUCAAGGCCGUGCUUGAAGAUGCUGAGGAGAAGCAGCUCACCAACAAAGCCCUCAACAAUUGGCUCCACAAGCUUCAAGAUGCAGCUCACUUGCUGGAUGACAUCUUGGAUGAGUGUUCAACACACGCCCUUUCAUUAGAAUACCCAGAACUCAAGUGUGGGUCGUCACUCACGGUACAAGGCUCUUGCUUUAACUAUUUGCAUCCCAGUAAAUUUUUGUUCCGUUACAAAAUUGCUGAGAAACUGAAAGACAUAAGUGAAAGGAUAGAUGAAAUUGCUGAGGAAAGGUUGAAGUUCCAUUUGUGUGCGACGGUUCGUGAGAGGCGGAAUGAAGUCAUGGAAUGGCGGCAAACUACCUCAAUCAUUACUCAACCCCAAUUCUAUGGGAGGGAAGCAGAGAAAGAGAAAAUUGUGGACUUUUUGGUUGGUGAUGCUUCUAAUUUGGAGGACGUAUCAGUCUAUCCACUUAUUGGUAUUGGUGGUCUCGGAAAAACUACCCUUGCUCAACAUGUCUUCAAUGAUGAGAGGGUAGUUAAUCAUUUUGAGCUGAGGAUUUGGGUAUGUGUUUCUGAAGAUUUCAAUCUGAAAAGGCUGUCAAAAGCUAUAAUAGAGUCAGCUGGGCAUGCUUGCAGAGAUUUAGAUCUAGAACCCCUACAAAGACGACUUCAAGAGGUGAUUGGAAGGAAGAAAUAUUUGCUUGUGCUGGACGACGUGUGGAAUGAUAAUCAGGAGAAAUGGGAUAAGUUGAAAUAUGUUUUGGCUUGUGGAUCAAAGGGGGCUUCAAUUCUGGUCACUACUCGCCUUUCAAAAGUUGCAUGCAUCACAGGAACAGUGCCUUCUCAUCAAUUGUCCCUGUUGUCAGAAGAUGAUUGUUGGGAGUUGUUCAGACAACGAGCUUUUGGAUCAGAGCAGGAGGAACGCAGAGAGCUUGUGGCUAUAGGGAAGGAAAUAGUAAAAAAGUGUAAAGGAGUGCCUCUUGCGGCUAAAACUCUAGGAAGUCUUUUGCGUUUCCACAGUGAUGAAAAAGAGUGGCUUCGUAUUAAGGAAAGUGAGAUUUGGAAUUUACCACAAGAAGAAGAAUCAGUCUUGCCUGCUUUAAGAUUGAGUUAUUUGAAUUUACCCACAAAAUUAAGGCGGUGUUUUGCCUUCUGUGCAUUGUUCCCCAAAGAUCAAAGGAUGAGUAAGAAACUAGUAAUUGAGCUUUGGAUGGCCAAUGGCUUCAUUUCAUCCAAUGAAAGCGUGGAAGCUGAAGAUGAUGGCGAUAGAGUGUGGAAUGAAUUAUAUUUAAGGUCAUUUUUCAAUGAUAUUGAGGUGAAUGGUUUUGGCUAUGAUACAUUGUUCUACAUGCAUGAUCUUGUUCAUGAUCUAGCCCAAUCUGCUGUAGAGGAUGUGUGUCGUUGCAUUACAUCUAAGGAUGACUCUCCUAUUCUAUCUGAGAGAACUCGUCAUAUCUCAUUUUAUCAUUUGAAGCCAUCUCACGGACAAUGGUUGUCUUAUUUAGGACAAAUCAAAUCCUUGAAGACCUGUAUAAAUAUAAUGCAAAAAUGUGAUGAGGAUAAUAAUCUAUUGAUGAGAUGUCAUUCCUUGCGAGCGCUGGAUAUGUUGUCUUUCAAAGAGGUAUCAUCUGCUAUUGGCCAAUUAAAACAUUUGAGGUACUUAAACCUUUCUUGUGGUUCAUUUAAAACACUUCCUAAUUCGAUUUGUAGACUGCACAAUUUGCAGAUCUUGAAUCUGAACUAUUGUCAAUAUCUUGAAAAGUUGCCAAACCAAAUGGAGUGCUUGAAGUCACUCCGUCAUCUAUAUUUGGAUUGGUGUCGAUCAUUAUCUAGAUUGGCCCCUAACAUGGGUCAGCUAACUUGCUUAAAGACCUUGAAUACAUACAUUGUUGGUACACAAAAUGGGUUCCUAUUGGCAGAAUUAAGAAACUUGAAGCUUAAAGGAACACUCCACAUUAGGCACUUGGAGAGAUUGAGAAGUGUGAUGGACGCCAAAGAAGCCAAUUUGGCGGAUAAGCACUUAACUGAGUUGGUGUUGUCAUGGGAAAGAAAUGAGGAGUCCCCGUUACAGGAAAAUGAUGAGCUUAUUCUUGAAGAUCUUCAACCUCAUUCACAACUUAAAAUUUUGUCAAUAGGAGGAUAUUUUGGUACUCAAUUUCCACAGUGGAUGGGUAAUCCUGCCCUGAAGUAUUUAAGUAAUUUAGAACUCGUGGAUUGUAAAAAUUGUUUCGACAUUUCACCUCUGGAAAAGCUUCCAUCUUUGACAAACCUGAGUUUAUCAAACCUGAAUCUCUUGCAAUAUGUGGAUAAUGAAUCUUACAAUAAUGGGGUAGUGAGAGGUUUCACCACUCUGAAAUUUCUAUUGUUGGAAAAGCUACCAAACCUCGUGAAGUUGUCAAGGGUAGAUGGAGACAACAUGUUCCCAUGUCUCUCGACAUUGCAAACUUCUCAAUGUCCAAAAUUGAUCUUGCCUUGCCUUCCAUCUGUCACCGAACUAAAACUGCUGAAGGAAUCCAAUGGAGUGUUACUGGGUUCAAUUCAAAACCUGCGCAAUCUUGAAUGCCUUUGGUUCAUUAAAGAUAAAGAUCUGAUUUCCUUUCCAAAUGGGAUGCUAGGAGGCCUUGUGUGUCUCAAGGAACUCCACAUUCAUUCUCUUGACAAACUUGAAGUGCUCCCAACUGAGCUCGGCAACUUAAAUGCUCUUGAAGAAUUACAUAUUGCUGGUUGCAAAAAUCUCAAGACAUUGGCAGAGCAAGCAUUUCAAGGGUUGUAUUCUCUCAAAAGAUUGAGAAUUUGUGGGUAUACUAAGUUCAAAUUAUCGGCAGGCUUUCAAUACCUUGCUGCCCUCGAAGAUCUUACAAUUGCAGGCUGCCCCGAGGUGAAAGAUCUUCCUGAGGCUUUACAACAUAUUGUGGCCCUUCAAUCAUUAAAGUUAUAUGAUCUUCCCAAUCUAGCAUUGCUUCCUGACUGGCUGGGAAACCUAAGGACGCUGAAGUCAUUGGUUAUAUCUAAUUGCCCCAGGCUGAUGUCACUUCCAAUGAGCAUUCAGUCCCUUAGUAGUUUGAAAGAGUUGGGAAUUUACGGUUGUCCAGACCUAGUGAAGAGAUGUAAGGAUGAAACAGGGGAGGAUUGGCCCAAGAUUGCUCAUGUUUCAAGCACUCAUUUUGAAGAAGAUACAUAUUUAUCUGAAGGAAAUGGUUAUUCAUGGUAUCAUUUGGAUUAUAGAGUGAGACUUGGCCGGUGGGCUGUCAUCUAGCAGACAAAUCAGUGUCUUGAAGCAUGCAGUUUCUGUUGGGUUCCUUGUGGAGAUGUCCAAUGUGUUGCAAAUUUAUCAGCUCUAAUUUGGGAAUGAAGUUUCAUGUAAUCUUGUGCAACAUGACUUUCUUUAUGAAUCAUUGUUGCAAAUAUAGAAUGGAGGGGGCAUUUUACAUACUGAAGGUUACAUCUUCCCUUCUUCUCCUGAUAAUUUCCAGGCAGACUGUGAUUUCUCAGAACCCAUGCUAUUUGUAUGCAUUAUUUUUUUUUGUGUGUAUAUCAUUGCAUUCAAUUUAUUCCUUA